UAUAAUCCGACCUGGUUUACCCGUUAUUAGGUUUCGUAUUUAUCUACCUGACUUUCAGUAGGGACGGUUAGCCGCGCCUCCAUCGGAAGCACCCAUCAUGGAACUGACGUUGCGGUUUUGCUUGUUAGUGCUGUUGCCAUGUGUGUUGGCGCAGUUCGGACCGGAUGUCGGGUAUAGCGGAGGUCUACAGAUCAGCCGAGCUGACCUGAACGCGGCCAUCGACAGGGCUAGACAGCUCGUCGAAGCGCUGGAAGAAUACGAGAAGAACAUCUUCGACUCAGGAAUCUGGGCGAGGCCUGGAUCGUCUGCGUCGUUCGUCGCCGCUUUCGCCAAAGCCUCCAUAGAAUCCAAGCUGCUCUCCAAGGGCGCCAUCGUUGCCCUGGAGACGACCAAGGCGCUGGCACGCGGAUACCGACUGACAACAGCGCGAACACUGGUAUGAAUGCCAAGAUGGACGUUAGCAGUACGUUACCUGUCGGGUAUGCGGCCGACGCGGCUUCAGCCGGUGGGGUGUCACCCCGAGCAAGUACCGAACGGUCGACGCUCGUGCAACAACCUGCGCUACCCGAACCUGGCGGCAUGCGCGAAACUCCCUUCAGGAGACUCGCUGCCGCCGACUACGCG